GCUGGAAUGGGUGGAAAUCAUAGAGCCUCGAACGCGGGAGCGCAUGUACGCCAACCUCAUCACGGGGGAGUGCGUGUGGGACCCACCUGCUGGGGUCCGGAUCAAGCGCACCAACGAGAACCAGUGGUGGGAGCUCUUCGACCCCAACACCUCCCGCUUCUACUACUACAAUGCCACCACGCAGCGGACGGUGUGGCACCGGCCGCAGAACUGCGACAUCAUUCCUCUGGCCAAGCUGCAGACCCUGAAGCAGAACACGGAGUCGCCGCGAGCCUCCACGGAGAACAGCCCCGGGAGGAGCAGUAAUGUCAGCAGGGAGGGCAGCACCAGCUCCUCCUUGGAGCAGGAGCUGGAGGGCAGCGAGAAGGCGCAGGACCAGACAAGGUCGAGCCGUCAGUCAGCUCAGUACGCGGUGGUGAAAGAAGAAACAGAAAGUUCCUCGCCUUCUGGAGUGUUUGAGAAAGAAUAUGACAUUUAUCGGGAUUACAAUGCAGAAGGUCAACUCCUCCACUACAGCCCGGUGCACGGUCACGCGGGGCCGAUCGCCGCCGCCGCCGGGGCCUCGUCGCGCAGCCCGCUGGCGCUUUCAGCCUCCCGGGUUUUCCGAGCUCUUGCCAGGUUCGAAGAAUUGUGCGGGGCGGCCGCGGCCUCGUUAAAACGUCAGUACGUGAGCCGGCGCCCCUAA